CACUAAAGGAAUCAGCGGGGGCACAGAGUCACAGACUAAGCGGGGAGGAGAAUAUCAAGCUCUCGGUCGUCUUUAAAGACGGCCUUCCUCUUUUCCCGGGAGGACAGCGAUGCUCGAUUCCACCGUUACGAUCUGAGUCGUAACGUGUCGGCCGGCGUCGGCGGCGAAGAUUUGCACAGGGGCGAGAAGAGGGGUUUGCGAUGGGGUUUUUGCGAGAGGUGAAGCGGUGCUGCUUUUGCUCGGGCGGAGGGAGCAGGAUCAAAGAUGGCAUUUUUGCCUCCAAAGGUCCCGCCUUGGCGGCUAUUUCUGUCGGAGGCGGAAGCAGAGGCGGAGGAAGCGUGAGAGGAACAGGGUUCCUCAUCCACCGCAACCUUCUCCUCACGACUCACGCCAACCUCCCAAAUGCAGCCGCUGCGGAGGUCGCCGAGGUCUCCCUCUGCCAUGGUCGUCUCCCUGCCAGACUUGUUCCUCAAAGAUUCUUCGUUACAAGUUCCAUUCUUGAUCUGACGAUUGUGGGGAUCGAUACUAUGGAUGUUGACUCAUCCUCACAGGUGCAGCAGCCUCAUUACCUGAAAACCUGCUGCAAAUCAAGUCUUGAGCUUGGGACUCUAGUUUAUGUUCUAGGAUUCAUGGAUAAAGAAGAGUUGGCAAUUGGUGAAGGAAAAGUAGUAAUUGCUACCGAUAACCUCAUAAAAUUGUCGACUGAUGGGGUCACAUGGUUCCCGGGAUCUGCUGGCUUUGACAUCCAAGGGAAUCUAGCUUUUAUGGUGUGUGAUCCCAUGAAACUUGCUUCCUCGCCGACGACAAGAUCUUCUUCAUUGUCUUCAUGGAAAAAGGAUGUCCCUAUGCAAUUUGGAAUUCCUAUCCCGAUCGUUUGCAAUUGGCUAUUUCAGCAUUGGGAAGGAAACUUGGACGAGGUUAGCAAGCCAAAAUUACUUCUGAGUAGGUUGAUGUCGAGUGGACACAGUGAGUCUUCUGGUGUGACUUGCACACUUCGCCGGAUCUUCAAAGCCAACGAGGAGAAUGACAAUGCUUCAUCGUCGUUGCAAAUGGUUCAACACUCUAAAUAUACUCCUGUAUCAAGCAGUUCUAUUGCCAGAGAGAUUUCCUACAAUGAUACUCCACUGGUGGAUCUGCAUUCGACCCAAAUUGCAGAUCAGGAAAUCUUACAAUCUCACAAUUCAGUGAAAAAGGUUGAAGAUGCUCCUUCAAAGGCUCCAAAACCUAUAUUUUUACCGUUACCUCUUCGACACAUGCUCUCUGAGGAAGCUGCCCAUGAUGAUUGCAGACCUUCGAACCAAUUGAGUAAAAAUGGCAUUGAUCAUGAUGUUCCUCUGGUUGGUACCUGGCAAAAUGACUGCUCCAGUGAGGUGCAGUCCACUGCAUCUCCGAUCGAUAUGUUGGAGGAUGGGUUUGACAGCGGGGUGGAAACAAUGUACUCUGCCGAGACAAUGGAAAGUAGAAACAUACCGAGUCCAUUGGAAACCAAGUACCAAAAUGUUGGUAGGAGUAGUAGUUGUGUCGACUAUAGCAGAUGGAGUUGCGAUAAGCAAAACUCAGCAGCAUUGCAGAAACAGAAUACCAUAAUUCCUGUGAGAAAAACAAGUUCACCAGGGGCGGCAUUACUUCCACAGAAUCACGAUUACUGCAGCCCGACGGUCUCAUCGAGCAUGAAGAAAAGGAACAGCUCGGAGCAGACACCAAGACCUCGUCGGAACACCGUUCGGGUGUCACCGAGGUGGGUGCUCUGAUGAUUGUUUGAGAUUGGUGUUGUUUCUGUAUUUGUGCUGACACAAUAACAUGGUUCAUUGUUAAAGACUGUACAUGCGACAUUGUUGAUAAAUGACUUUUCGAAUUGGAUGGUU